CCCUCCAUCACCACCAGGGGCUUUCCACACUGCACCGUGCCGUGAGCGGCUUGCCGUUCCUUUCCCUGCGCUUCUCGGAACGGAGACUCCAGACUCGCAGCGCGGUUGCAGACAGGGCGCACAGAGCGUCUGUUCCUCUGAUUUCCAUCUCACUGGGAGUCGUAUACCUUUGAUUCCUGGAGGAGCGGCAAGUUGAAGACCCGCCACCGCGUCCCUCUGCAACUUGUCGACGCAAACCCAUUUGUUUCUGCCACACGCUAACAAAGGUUCAUAGGAUCCUCAUGACUGGACAAAGCACUUGACUGUCAAACUCUGCUGUUUCACAUAUAAGUCGGAGAGGAGACGCAGGGCUGGAGAGAGACUAAUGUUAGAUGGCGUAGUACAGGCAACCUGAAGGACCUGCGAGCCAUCAUUUGCACUCGAGUGGCAGCAAGGUCAUCUGGCUAAGGGAUGGCUCAUCCUUUCCUUGCCUUUGAAUCACUGACGGGGCUGUCAUAAUGGUGAAAAAAAUGCUGUAGGACCUUUGAAGAAUGAACUUUCCAAACCAAUGGAUUGUUCUGAAGGGCAAAGCCAUCCAAGAUCAGACAUAAUCACCGACGGUAAAAUCAGUUGGCCUUUUCUCAGUUCAAGGUUUCUGCUUCAGGAGGUAAAACCACAUGUAACUUUUCAAGGAACUGGACUCCAGAAAAGUUUUCUCUUCAGAAAAGUUUAAUCGAACCAUUUUUGGACAGCUUAGUAUUAAAUCACCUGUAACACACACCAACCAUUGGAGGGGACAUGGCUAGAAGUGAAAUUGGAAGCGCUGCAAGCAGUACAAAGUCAAGACGGGAUGGAAGCCAUCACUCUCACUCCUCAUAGGAAUGCUGCUCAGUGCCACUGUAUCCUUGUUUCACCCUAAUUUCCCCGCUGAGCAGUGAACCAAUCUAGUCAAAUCUGUUGUUUUUGUUGCCUUAAAAAACCUUGAAAGACAUUUUCUAUCAUCAGUUUGUUUCACCGCUUUUGGCUGUUCUUUUAAAACAGCAACAAGAACAAAAACCCGCGCACACACACACACAAAAAAAAAAAAAACAGCAGCUCUAUAAGGAGGGGCACAUGAAGAAUCAGAAUGACUGACCAUGUUGCAAUACAAACAAGUACUCUUCAGGUGGUACAAAUCCAAUGUGCUCCAUGACUUGCCUUGUAUUCAGCAGAUAACUUCAGAUUGAUUUGUGAUCCCAUGGAUUAACUUUCAAGUUCUUUCACAAAGACCUUUCAAGUUUGCCCGCCUGGAGUUGUAUUUGGUAUAAAACUACAACAGAAAAUCUCUUCCUGUCUGCAUGUAGCAUUUAUAUUACAUGUAGACGCAGGCAGCGAUACUUUCUUUUUUCUUUUUUUCUCCCCUUAUUUUUCAUAUCAAAAUGGCUCCUUUUUGGACAGCGGGAGCUUGGACUCUACUGGCAGCACUGGGUCUUCUUUGCUGCUAUAGUUUUACGUGGUGUGAGGCCUCAAGGACUAGUGGUACAACCUCAUUAGAGAAAAGACAAGAGCAAGGACCCUCAUCACUUGAGCGAGUUAAGAGAGGAUGGGUGUGGAACCAGUUCUUUGUGGUGGAGGAGUAUACCGGCACAGAGCCACUAUACGUUGGAAAGAUCCAUACAGACUCUGACGAAGGUGAAGGCAACAUCAAAUACACUAUCUCUGGAGAGGGAGCGGGUUCCAUCUUCAUCAUCGAUGAGCUUACGGGAGACAUACAUGCCACGGAGAGACUGGACCGAGAAGAGAAGGCUUUUUACACUCUUAGGGCUCAGGCCCGGGACCGGCUCUCCAAUGACCCCCUCGAACCGGAGUCAGAGUUUGUCAUCAAGGUCCAGGACAUCAAUGACAGCGAGCCCAAGUUCUUGGAAGGUCCCUACAUCGGCAGCGUGGCAGAGCUGUCACCAGUAGGAACGUCCGUUAUGAAGGUUACCGCGUCGGAUGCUGACGAUCCGACAUACGGCAGCAGUGCCAGAGUGGUGUACAGUGUGCUGGAUGGGGAAAAGUUUUUCACUGUCGACAAACACACAGGAAUAAUUAUGACAGCAGUGGCGGAUUUGGACCGCGAGACACAGGAUCGCUACGAGUUGGUCGUCAAGGCAACAGACAUGGCAGGACAAAUGGGUGGUCUCUCUGGCUCCACCACGGUGACCAUAGUGAUCACAGACGUUAAUGACAACCCACCGCGCUUCCCACAGAAGAUGUACCAGUUUUCGGUGUCGGAGGGGGCUGCUCUGGGCACACCGGUUGGACGUGUCAUUGCCUCAGAUGCAGACAUGGGAGAGAACACGGACAUGAGCUAUCUGAUCAAAGAGGGAGGAGAGCUCUUCAAGGUCACCACAGACGUAGAGACGCAGGAAGCCGUUGUCUCCAUCAAGAAGUCGCUGGACUUCGAGAGCAAGCGGACCCACAAUGUUGUCGUAGAGGCAGUAAAUAAGCACGUCGACCCUCGCUUUGUGGACCUGGGCUCAUUCCGAGACCAGACUAUUGUUCGGGUGAGCGUGUCCGACAUAGACGAGCCACCGAUCUUUACGCCAGCGGAUGGCACCACCAUGGAGGUCCAGGAGGAUGCCAAAGUAGGGGCGCUUGUUGGCAUCGUCACCGCCAGGGAUCCAGAUGUAAAGAAUAAACCUGUCAGGUUCUCUAUCGAUCGGUCCACAGACCAGGAGAUGAUCUUCCAUAUUGAUCCUGAUUCGGGUGCCAUCACACUGGGAAAAAUUUUGGACCGAGAGACUGCAGGCUGGCACAAUAUCACUGUGAAGGCAGUAGAAGCAGAGAACCACACUAUGGCAUCCCACUCGGUAGUGAGCAUUCGGAUUCUGGAUGUAAAUGACAAUGCUCCUGAACUGGCCACACCGUAUGAAGCUUAUACAUGUGAAAAUACCAAGCCAGGCCAGUUAAUUCAUACCAUCAGUGUGGUAGACAGAGAUGAGCCACAAUCUGGGCAUCACUUUUACUUCACCCUGGCCCCUGAAGCCUCCAACAAUCGACACUUCACCCUGCAGGAUGUCAAAGACAACACAGCUGGCAUCCACACUCAGCGAUCAGGCUUCAACCGCCAUGAGCAGAACGUGUACUUCCUGCCAAUUCUCGUGGUUGACAGCGGGCCUCCCUCCCUGAGCUCCACGGGCACUCUGACCAUCCACAUCUGUGGCUGCAACCCAGUGGGAGAAAUCCAGUCCUGCAAUGCCACAGCCUACGUGAUGAGUGCGGCUCUCAGCCCGGGGGCGCUUAUAGCACUGCUGGUCUGCAUGCUCAUCCUCAUAGUUCUUGUCUUGCUGAUCCUAACCCUGAAACGCCACAGGAAGGGCCAGAGGAUGGCAGAGGACGAGGAGGACAUGAGGGAUAACGUCAUCAAGUACAACGACGAGGGCGGAGGAGAGCAGGACACUCAGGCGUAUGACAUGAGCGCUUUGAGAAACCUCUAUGACUUCCCAGAGGCCAAGAGCUGUGACUCUGGCCCAGACAUCCGCUCCCUGCCACAGUGGAUACAAGCUAGCCGGGUGGGUGGCGGUGCAGAGGGAGCUGCGGCGGCUGCGACAGACUUCUCCCUUUUCAAAGGCUACAUCCGAAAGAAGGUGGAGCAGGCCGACGCUGACCUGUCGGUGCCUCCAUAUGACUCCUUCCAGACAUACGCCUUUGAAGGCACCAGUUCACCCGCACUUUCACUCAGCUCCAUCCACACGCUGUCCACCACCUCGGAGCAGGAUUUCUCCUACCUCAGCGACUGGGGACCACGCUUCAGGCAACUGGCAGGCUACUAUGCUCCAGGAAACCCUGAGGAGGAAGGGUCCUAGCACAGCUUCUCCUCUGUAGAGACACAUUUAAACUCCACCUCCUUCCUCCUCCUCCUUCUUUCUCUGUCUCCUCUUCUCACCCUCUGGCACUCAUCUGAGAUCAGAGCCAGCACUGUGUACUCAGUAAAGACAGAGUAUCACCUCUUUAUCUCUUUAGGAAAAUUCCCAGUCUCAGACUUUUUGAACUCCUGUGAGAAAAUGCUGUUUUUUGUUUUAAUACACUUGUUUGUUUUCUGUGAGUUUUCAGACUUCAGCUUGUGAUGAUAUUAGUGAAAAUGGAAGAGAAUGGGGGUAAAAGUAUCCAAAACUGCCAUUUAGAUGUGCUGAGGGAAAACGCGUUUCUCUCCCAGAUGAGGACUUUUAUUUUAAGCUGUGAGACUGAUUCGAGAGCAUCAACGUGAUAUAGGUAGGCGUAAACCAUGCCAAGGCAAAGUGUCUGGAAAAAGACAUGUAUUUAUUUAAGAAGGAAAUAUUUAUCUAUUUAUUUGUUUUUAUGUAUUUAUUUAUUUAUUUAUACCACAACCGCUUUGGUAACCACAGUGAAGAACUCUGCUGCUGACGUGCUAAAGGAGGAGUCGGGUGAGAGGAACGUUACAAGAGAGACGAGGAACGACAUGGAAGAAAGAAAGAAAGAAAGAAAGAAAGAAGGACUUCAGCGACAGAGGACACACAAUACCGGUGCAGAGGUGACUCAAGGAUCAUCUAAAAAGUACCUUCUGGAAAAUAUUUUUAUUUAUUUUCUAUGACCACUUUUGUAAAAUAACCAACUUAAGACAGAUAUAUGGGAAGGAAAGGCAGAUAGAAAGGCAGGGGGGAACGAUUGGAAUGAAUGAACUGUAGAAGAAAGAGCUUCCAGUUCAGUCAGAACGGCUCAGACUGACGCACUUUUUGCUGUAUUUUAUUGAUUUAUAAAAAGGGGGGGGCUUUUAGAGGUCAAAAACUGAUGACAAUUGUGUGUUAACAAUUUCUUUUCUUAUCUUCUCCACAGCCAUUUGUAAGGCAAUAAGGCACAAACCGCAGCAGUGAUUUAAGACUAAACAAAAAUGACUGUUUCACGGAAUUGGCUGGGGGCCAGCUGCGUCCCACAGGGAGCCAAUCUUCAUUCCAGAUUUGUGUGUGAAUGUGUACAAUAUGUUCAGUUCAUUUUAUAUCCUGUUUGAUUUUUGCUUUUGAUAUUUGGUUUCUUUUUGGGGAGGGAGGAAGGGGGAACUAGUAACAACAGAAUGGCUGUGUCUAAUCAAUAGGGAGUGGAUAACGGGGUAACGCGUGAUGAAUGGACUGGUCACAUCCACCUGAUAUCCACAACCUAUUCAGUGUUGACCUUAACUUGCAAAUGUAUGGAAAAUUUCAAAAAAAAAAAAAAAAGAA